AUGGGCGCCCACAUAAGAAAUGGAUGCAACAUAUCCGUUGAACAGCAGCAGCGCAAGAUACAAUGCCAUGAACAACACAGUGGAUUCCAAACUCCCAAAUCAAGAGCAGGAAAUAGACCGGCUGGACUAAAGCAAAGCGAUGAAGCGAAAUACCCGCUUAGUCCAGCUGCAGCAGAGCGACUUAGAAAGCUUAGGCAACGAUCUGCCAUCAAUCAGCGAGAACUAUAUGAUAUUACUGGCUGUAAGACUAGUUUAGCCAGCUUUAAUGAUCUCCAGAGUAAUGUUGCUAACUCUAGCAACAAUGUUGAGCAGAUCAACACCAGCACUGCGUCCAAUAGAAACCAAAACAACAGAGCUCAAUUGAUGCAAGGUACCCCUUAG